AACCAACAUCACAUUUCUCUCCCCCCUUGCUCUUCUUCACAACCAAUUCUCUUUGAAUAGUUUCAGAAUUUCUAUUCUUUUUUUGCUUCCUCCUCCACAUACACUACCUAGUCAAAAACACUUCUCGGUGAGAACCAACUUCCUCUCGGCGUGAUCAACUGCUAUGAGAGCUGAAAACGAAUUUAUCCUCACCAUUGAGGACUCAGAAGAUGACAUCCAAUACGAUGACAGUGAAAUAGAAGCUGAAAGCGACAUGGAGGCGGAAAAGGAGACGAAAAAGGUUCAGAAGAAGCAAAAGAAGAAAAAGAACAAGGAAAAUGACUUCUCCGGCUCGUUCAUGUUCGAGAGUGGAAUCAAUGAUGGUGUGGAAGCCGGUAACGGUACAGAUUGGGACUUUCAAUCGGCCAAAAAUGCGUUAAGAAAUAAUACCACAGAUGUUGAUUUGAAUUCCAUCAUCCAGCGGAACAGGAAGCAACCUACAAGCGAAGAAAAUAAAGAGGUGCAUCAGGAAUCUUCUGCAGAUGAUGUCUCCAGUGCUGAGGAAGAGGAAGAAACCACCGCUGUGGACAGCGAUGAAGAAUCGUUUACUGGAAUCGCAUCCGACGAUGAGGAUUUGGCUACAGACGGCUUCGGUGGUGCUGUAAAGGAACAGGCUUCAGAUUCUUCGGAUGAAGAUUCAGACGAAGACGACAUCACGGUUCCGGUUCCUGACACUGUUCCAGGUGAAGUUAACGAGAUCGACUCGGACUCUGCCGUGUCUGAUGAUGAUGAGGAACAAGCUCGUAUAGAGCGCGAAAAGUCUGAAGCUUAUUUUGCCGCUGGCGCAGAAGAUGCAGCUGCCGUCACUGCCCAGGUUUCUUUCCAAGACAUGAAACUUUCUCGUCCUAUCUUGCGUGGUUUAAGCUCUUUGAACUUUGAGGAUCCCACUCCUAUUCAAUCAAAAACAAUUCCCGUUGCAUUACUUGGAAAAGAUAUUGUUGGUGCUGCCGUCACCGGUAGUGGUAAAACGGCAGCAUUUGUCGUUCCCAUCCUAGAACGUCUUGUAUACCGCCCGAAAAAGAUUCCCACAUCUCGUGUACUCAUUAUUUGUCCAACCCGUGAGUUGGCUAUGCAAUGUCACAAUGUGGCCAAGCGGAUUGCCGCAUUCACCGACAUUACUUUGUGUCUUUGUGUCGGUGGUUUGUCCUUGAAGGUUCAAGAACAAGAACUCCGUAAGCGACCCGAUAUCAUUAUCGCUACGCCCGGUCGUUUCAUCGAUCAUGUUCGCAACUCCCAAGGCUUUUCUGUUGACAACAUUGAGAUUAUGGUCAUUGAUGAAGCCGAUCGUAUGCUGGAGGACGGUUUCGCCGAUGAAUUGAACGAAAUCGUAAAGCUUUGUCCAAAAUCUCGUCAAACAAUGCUUUUUUCGGCUACCAUGACUGAAAAGGUUGACGACCUUGUUCGUCUUUCUUUGAACCGUCCUGUGCGUAUCUUCGUGGAUGCUAAAAAGGCUACGGCCAAGCGAUUGGUGCAGGAAUUUAUUCGUGUACGACCCCAACGUGAGCAAUUGCGUCCUGCCAUGCUUGUUCACAUUUGCAAGACUUUCUUUCAUCGCCGUGUUAUUAUCUUCUUCCGCAACAAGGCAUUUGCUCACAAAAUGCGCAUCAUUUUUGGCCUUGUUGGCUUGAAUGCCACUGAAAUUCACGGUUCACUUUCUCAAGAACAACGUGUCCGAGCCUUAGAGGAUUUCCGUGAUGGAAAGGUUGAUUACCUUCUUGCUACAGAUGUCGCUUCUCGUGGUCUUGAUAUUAAGGGUGUCGAAUUCGUUAUCAACUACGAGGCUCCCGCCUCCCAUGAAAUUUAUUUGCAUCGUGUCGGUCGUACCGCCCGUGCUGGAAGAAGUGGUCGUGCCAUUUCACUUGUUGGUGAGAAUGACAGAAAGGUCAUUAAAGACGUUCUAAAGUCUUCUGAGAAUCAGCAUGAUAAUGUUGUUAGCAGAAACCUUGACUUCCCUCGAGUUGAGGCUAUCGGCAAAGAACUCGAGGAAUUGGAAGACACAGUAAAGCAAGUCAUGGAAGAAGAAAAACAAGAACGUCAUAUUAAGAUUGCUGAACGUGAUCUGAAGAAGGGUGAAAACAUACUGAAACAUCAAGAUGAGAUUAAGGCUCGUCCUGCUCGUACUUGGUUCCAAACGGAGAAGGAGAAGAAGGCCUCAAAGACGGCAGCUACCGGAAAGGCUGUUCCUCUGUCCAAACGCAAGAAGGCAAUGGAUGCUGAGGAGGCAGCAGCACGUCCAUACAAAAAGACUCGUCAAGACCGCAUGAAAAAGGGCAAAAACAGCAAGUCUGGUAAGAACUCCAAACGCGGAAAGAAGUGAUCGUCUUUUGACUCAUGCCGUUUGAUGGAGCUUCACCGUACUUGACAAAAUAUUAUAGGAAUUCAUUACACUAAGGGUUUUUGGUUAUUAAUAAAAAGUUCGUUUCUUUUGGAUAGAUGAAUUCAACAAUAAAGGAUUGAGGAAAAUGUAUAUCUAUUAUUACUUACAGAAGUCAAGUAGGG